ACAGUUGCAUAUAGUUAUCAAUCUACAAAUCUAUGAUUAUUAAGAUUUGAGAACAAUUACUACAUAUACGAAGUUCUCUAUAUUCGCUUGGAGAAAAUUGUCUUUACAAAAUAAAAAAAAAAGUCAAAUGUAGAUUGAGUAAUUUUACGACAUGUAACAUUGUCAUCCGAUUUAUUGAAGCAGGAUGAACUGCACAAAUGUACCACCUCCAUGCUACUGUACAUCAUUUGCUGUGUUACAAAGUUACGAGUGUACAGGCAUAACUCGAUCCGACUACAAACGGUAGAUUCAACCAACAAUGAAAGGUUUUACCCGACUAAGGAUAAAAAGAUAUUUGUUUAUAGCUUAGUUGGUUUUGACAAACUUCAGGAUGUGUUGGCGCUAAUGUCUCAGCAGCGUGAGUUCGAGUCCCUAAGAGAAAACGAUACAAAAAUGACAAAACGCAGUUUUAACGUAAUGGUGCUAAUGUAAAGACAUGCACUUAUCUUUGUUGCUUAACUACACUUGCCAAACGUUGACAUUUUGACGAUCUGAUUGAAAAAAAACGAAAAUUAUAAUUCUUUGUUUCAUUGAGUCUGUCUUUAAACAGGUAUUAUUUGAAAAAGAAUACAAAUAAUAAUUAGAAUACACAUUGCAAAUGUAUAUUUUAUCCAGGUUGAGAUUUUUUUAUUGACUGCUUGCUGAUCCACCAUUUUUGUUUUUGUUUGUUUGUUUUUUAAACCACAAAUGCAAAUGAUUUUAGACACCUGGACUCCUUCUGGAAAAGUGAAGUUUACAAUCAGACACAAUUUCACCACAGGCCGGAAACAAAAUACCUUACUUAUUUUUUCUGCUUUUGUUACGGAAUAAAAGUCCAAAGUUUUCAAUCAUACAAUUAAAUUGAUAUCCGAGUUUGUACUGAUGUAUAGUGUUGUUUUAGCGUCAUUUUUUACUAUCAACUCUUUAAACUAUUUCCAUAAAAAAAAUUGUCUAUUGUUGACGACUAUGUUGCCCUCUAGUUGUCUUGAUAUUUUGUUUGUCGUUAGGUUGCUGACUUAUUGACACAUAACCCCCUUCAUCACCCUUCAUCCAUGUGUCACCUUCUUGUGUAUUCUUAAAAUCCGAAGAAUCUAAAAUAAAUAUUGUGUGGCCUUGAUUCAAAAUAUGUUUUCUAUAUGUAAAUACGUGAAAUGUGUAUCUUUAAUUAAAAUCUUUAAAGUUGAGCAACUUCAACAUUUGUUUCUUUUCGUUUAUUUGAUACGUAGUUAGAAGCACUAUGUACAUAUAUACACCAAUUUACAGGUCAAGUACGUACAUGUGACUUUACUUCCUUUGAAAGUAGUCCAGGUUUAUAUUAUAUGAUUUAUAUAUUAUAGCAUGUGUAGAGGUGAAAUAUAGAUGCUACAAUUUAAUGUCCACUAUAAUAUACACUUAUUGGUCAUAAAAGGGCUAUCAUUUAACCACACAACAGGUCUCUUCCGUCUAAAUUUUCAUAGUACUACAAACAUCGACUGUCUAAGAUUUUUAUGCACCAUACAUUGUGUGUUGUUCAGAAAAAACUUAAAACGUAAAAUGUUAUGAGCUUAUAAGGAACGAAUAAACUCUAUGCAGCAAAGAAAGAAAUACGAACUGAAUGGAUUCUUGAAACAUACAUUUCCAUGAAAUGACGAGGAAGGAACCAAAUAAGAGGAUACAAGAGUACUUUACUGUACCUCCUUGAGACUUUUAUUUCCGGACUGGUUUAAGUGGUAACCAGAAACACAAUCUAAAUUAAGGAAGAAAAUAUUAAGAUUAGGAUAUUAUUUUUAUGUUAAAAAUUGUUAAAAGACAUAUAACUCAAAAGAAGAAAAUGUUGUUUGAAAUCCUACUUGGAGUUGUGACAAUCACCAUCUUUUUAUUCUACGGUUGGAUCACGAAAGAAAAUCUAAAGAAUCUACCACCUGGGCCGAAAGGAGUGUUUUGGUUUGGAUUAAAGAUAGAUAUUCCGAACAUGCAUUUAGACUUUACUAAAUGGUGGAAAGCUUUCGGAGAUGUGUUUGAAGUGAAAAUACUAGGCAGAAGAAUAUUAGUGUUAAAUAGUCCAAAAACUAUUCGAAAAGCCUUCGAUUCUGAGGAGUACACAACCCUAAUGAACCAUAGACCGCCAAAUUUUAUUGGCUACAAGAUCUGUAAUCAAUACAAGUGUGUUCUGCUACGAAAAUAUGACGCUACAUUCAAAGCUAUGAAGAAAGAAAUGGUUAACUCUAUGGAUACCCAUGGAUUUCAGUCAGAACAUUUCCGGUCACUUGCGGCAAACAUGAUGAAUGACGUUGUGAAAGAUUUCAUCGACCUGAAUGGGCGACCUAUUGACCCCAUGAAUGUUCUUCGGCCGUCAUUCUGUAAAAUGAUUGGAACUUUGUUUGCAGGUAACUGUUCACACAUACUACAACAACAUGUUGAUGACUUUGACAGUCAUGGAGACCAAAUGAUCAAACCACAGAUCCAUGGAGUGUACAAAAAAUUUCCAUGGAUACGAUGGAUUCCUUUCCAGUUUUACAAACGUCUUUAUAAGCUUGUGCAAAAAAUAAAAAAAGAUUUACAAAAAGCACUGCUAUUUGAUUUGAGGAACAGCUAUAACACGAAUAACAUCAAAUGCAUGGUUCAUCAGCUAUUCCGAUCACAGGAACUUCAGGCGUUAGAAAGGGGAAAGCCUUGGCUUACCGAUGACCAUAUUCAUGGAAUCGCCAUGGAUUUAAUUAACACAUCAAUUUUAACCACAAAGGCUGUCAUGUCGGGGUUCAUAUUUCUAUUGCUCCAUUUUCCCGAGAUGCAGCAGAAAAUUCAAGAAGAGAUUGACGAUGUGAUUGGACAAGAUCGUCAUCCGGAAGUGGACGAUAGAAAAAAGACGCCAUAUAUUCAAGCCUGUAUAUAUGAAUGCCUUCGGUACCAGUCUCAUCUUCCCCUUACGGCGCCUCACUAUAACAGAAAGAAAGUUGAUAUAUUUAAGUUCACAAUUCCUCCCAAAACCAUUAUAUUUGGAAAUCUGUUUGCCUGUCAUCACGACGAGGAGUUGUGGGAAGAUCCAUGGACAUUCAAGCCAGAGCGAUAUCUGACAGAAGAAGGCCAACUCAUUGACAAAAAACAUCCAAAUAUGACAAAUUUAAUUGCCUUUGGAGUCGGAGAGAGAAUGUGUGUUGGAUAUGAAAUGGCGCUUGAUCGAAUGUUCCUGUAUACCACAUACAUAUUGCAAAAAUUCACGUUCGUUGUUCCGAAUGGAUCACAACUAAAAUCACACGAUCCACGCAAUAUGGUUUCAGCAUCACCAGUUCUACUGCCGCCACCCUAUAUGUGUCGGGUUGUGAAAAGGAAUGAGAUGGGAAAAGAUGAAGCUGAAUAAGUGUGGAAUGGAUACACAAAUAUAGCUUUUGUGUUCACGAUAAAAUACGUUUUCCCGUCGUUUUUGGAAAUGAAUGCAGUACUACAGUUGUAACAACACAAUGGUUUGAAUAAUGAGAAAACGUUUGUUGUGGUAUUAAUGAUCGCAUUUAUUGUAAAACGUUCGAUUCACUCCAACCAAAUGUUUAGCAAGUUUUUGCAUGCGCAGUUCUAAAAAUAUAACUGUUUAAACGGGAUAGGCUUAAAAUGAACAUCUGCUUGUCAUUUUUUGUUUAAAUUAUUGUCUAAUAAAUGUUCAUGAGUUUUAGUGUAAAUAUACAGAAAAAAACUGUUUCUCAAUUGUUAUGUAAAUAUAUAUAAUUUAUGUUGUCAUGGAAAUAAAAUGUCAAUUGUA